AUGUUGCUAUGCAACCAGUUGUCAAACCCUGACUUUAAGGAUGGUUUUGACCAUGCUUCAUGCCAAGUGUAUAGUAACAACCAUGAGAGGGUCUUCAGUGAUUUCAUGUCUGGAAAUUGGGCGUGGAACCAAUACAAUGGCGCAAUAUUCGUUCCUGUCAUCUUGGGUAGCGACAAGAUAACCAUGUCAAUUACAACUGGAAACAAUGAAUACUAUCCACUGUACAUUUCAAAGGGAAAUGUACAUAACAAUAUUCGAUGCACUCACAUUAAUGCUGUUAGCUUGGCAAUUCUCUCAUCACUUCGGCCCACAAUGACUACACCAGAGGUGCCAUUAUGUUCUGAUGGACAUUACUGUUGCGCAAUUCAUGAGCUCAGACCAUAUAUCGCUGAUUACCCCAAGCAAUGUUUACUUUCCUGUAUUGUUCAAGGCUGGUGCCUAAGGUGUACUGCCUCAAAAAGAGACUUGGACAAGAAGAAUGCAGGUCACCUCCGAACACAUGAAUUUACUGAACUAUUGAGGGACAUGUAUACAUGGAAAGUGUUAUGGGACAACUGGGGGAUCGUCAAUGAUAUUAUGCCAUUUAUAGCCUCAUUUCCUCGGGCAAAUAUUCAUGAGUUGUUGUCACCCAAUCUGCUCCACCAGGUGAUUAAAGUUUCUGCUGCUCCGUCGUUCCCUGGUUUAAGACGCUUUCCUGAAGGUCAACACUUCAAACAAUGGACAGGUAAUGAUUCAAAGGCCCUGAUGAAGGUAUUUCUUCCUGCAAUUACCGGCCUUGUUCCAGAUCAAAUGGCUAACCUAGAUGCACUGGACAAUGCUUUGGCUUGGUUUCAUAAAGAGCACAACAUUUUCAUUGACUCUAGUGUUAUGCCAGACGGAAUAUCACUUCCACGCCAACAUGCUUUGAUGUAUUAUCAAACACUUAUACAGCUUUAUGGUGCCCCAAAUAGCUUGUGCUCAUUGAUCACGGAGUCGAAGCACAUCAAGGCCAUCAAGAAACCCUGGAGGCGCUCAAAUCAUCACCUACCUUUAGGUCAGAUGCUCUUGAUCAACCAGCGACUCAAUAAACUUGCUGCAUUCAAAUUCCUAAACCCAGCCUCAUUGGAACCUGCUGACAUAGAUCAAGGUGACUUCGAGGAUCCCAAUGACAAAUUUGAUCCUGAGGAGGCUCGUUUUAGAAAUGACUCCAAUCUUGAGGAUGUUGAGCCAGAUACUGAACUCACUAGGAUUCAAGCAUCUGUAGAACUGGCUCAGACUCGAGUGAUGGAGUACCCUCAUCAGCUUCCCGAAAUUGCUGUAUUUAUCAACUGCCUGAAUCUUCCUGAGCUAGUGGGCCGCUUUCUAUAUGAUCAGUGCAAUCCAAAUGCUUCCAUUCAAGCAGCUGAUAUAGUAGAUGUCAGUGUUCUUCCAGUUAUCGAGGAGAGAGUAGAUGUUUUCAACUCAGCUGUUGCAACAUUCCGUGCUCCAAGUGACAUCUACCCCUCUCUCUCUGGAUUUCAAGGCCUAUAUGUCGCUCAAGUCAUCCUCUUCUUUUCUAUCACUUAUUGUGGUCAGCUGUAUCCAUGUGCAUUGGUUUGUUGGUUCACUCCUAUUGGCAAUGAGCCAUGUAAACCCACUGGCAUGUGGAUGGUAGAACCUGAAUUGGAUGACAAUAGUGGGGAGCGGCUUGUGUCUGUCAUUCACUUGGACAGUAUCAUGUGUGCAGCACACCUGAUAGGUGUUUAUGGUUCACAAGACAUUCCCCAUCAUCUCAAACACACUGAUUCUUUGGUUGCUUUUUUGGCUUACAAUGUUAAUAAAUUUUCAGAUUAUCAUGCUUAUGAAAUCGCUUAUUAA